GCGCCCCCGCGGUUCGCUUCGCUCGCGAUUUAUAGAUUGUAUGUUCUACCGAGAGCGGUGCUCGGCUCGCUGGAAUUCUCGUCGCUGGGCCCGCCUCCCCAAAUACCGCGCGGCCCUGCUUCGCGGGCACCCCGCGCGGGUUUGCUGCGGCUACGCUCCUCACAACCG